UUAUUGCUUCUUCGCUCGUUGAUAAAUGCUUUAGUUGACGAUCUUAUUCUCUUUAAAGAGAGGGGGUAACCCCUCGCCCCAGUUCAGAGACGGACCUUACGGAUGAUGUUUCCCAGUUCGGUAAUGGGUUGGGAUUGUAGGUUAUAUAACUGAAUAAAUAUGAGAUUUGUACCCAUACGCGUAACAAACAGGGGGGUUUGAGUAAUUGCUGCGCAGAUACGACACAACACAAUGUUUCUGGGUAUUUUUUAAAGUCUUUAAAAUAGUUCGUCAAAAUUAAAAUAUCAGCCAUCUUGGAAACCUAUUAAGUCCCGGUUUUAUGGACGUUUUCUGUUUUUGUUUUAAGUAAUAUGACGAGUCUUUGCAGGGUUCUGUGCUCUGCCAGCCCCGUCACAAGACGCCCUAAAACAACGGGUUGUAGCUGGACCUGCUCUAUAAAAUAAAGUUAAAGCCUUUAGGGCUCUUAAUAGACGCUUAAAUCCGUUUGGAACAGUUGUUUUCCAAAACAUUAUGGGAGACAAGUGAAAAAACGGUCCUGAACCGAUACGAAUUGAGACUCCACGCGUAUUUGGUAGUGUAGCAUUAGCAAAGCACUUAGAAUCAGCUUUAAACAGCAUUUGUGAAUUUGUGAGCGUUUAAAAAAUGUUUAUAUUAUAUUACAUGGAUUACAACCCCCGACUCGGGUCAGUUGGAAGCAGUAGCUCGACUGCACUCUGACGGGGGAAAAUGGCGUCUACACCUCGAGCGCCUUUUCGUGUUAAUCUAAGAUUAAAAUGUGAUCUAAAUAUGACUUGAAAACAAAAGUUUGAGUGGGUUUGCCGAGGUUAUCCUCCUUAUAGUCGCUGGAGAGCAGAUGCUUUCUUUGCAUUUGCGUGCUCUUGUGUAACGAUUGUGAUUCAGCCUGCUACGAGGGCUUUGCACAACGCAGAUUACCUGGGUGCACUCAGUUGGGGGUACCUAAUGCACCCAGCGCAUGUCGUUAUACAGUCAACAGAACGGUGGACUCGCUUUAGGAUGAACACGUGGCCUUCUCAUAACAGAGGCACGAUGCGGAGAAUGUGCCAGAAUCGGAUUGUUUUAAAGAGACCUGAAGGUGGACGGGGGCUUGGCAAUGGAGCAGUACACCACCACCAGCAGUAGCAGUGGGGAGCAGAUCGUGGUUCAGGCCGCUCCAGGGCAGAUCCAGCAACAGGGCACGGUGACCGCUGUCCAGCUGCAGACAGAAGCACAGGUGGCUUCGGCUUCGGCCCAGCCUGUGCAGACGCUCCAGGUAGUUCAGGGUCAGCCGCUGAUGGUGCAGGUGAGUGGCGGCCAGCUCAUCACUUCUUCUGGCCAGCCAAUCAUGGUUCAGGCAGUCCCUGGAAGUCAGGGCCAGACCAUCAUGCAGGUGCCUGUCUCUGGAGCACAGGGUCUGCAGCAGAUUCAGCUGGUGCAGCCGGGGCAGAUUCAGAUCCAGGGCGGACAGGCGGUCCAGGUGCAGGGGCAGCAGGGUCAGGCCCAGCAGAUCAUCAUCCAGCAGCCGCAGACUGCCGUCACCGCAGGGCAGAGCCAGGGGCAGCAGCAGAUUACAGUGCAGGGCCAACAGGUGGCUCAGACUGCAGAAGGCCAGACGAUUGUAUACCAGCCGGUCAACGCUGAUGGCACCAUCCUUCAACAAGGAAUGAUCACGAUUCCGGCCGCCAGUCUUGCUGGGGCCCAGAUAGUCCAGACGGGAGCUAACACCAGUACCACCAGCAGUGGGCAGGGCACCGUGACCGUCACCCUACCAGUGUCGGGAAACAUGGUGAAUGCUGGCGGCAUGGUCAUGAUGGUGCCUGGCAGUGGUGCGGUGCCUACCAUGCAGAGGAUCCCACUGCCCGGGGCAGAGAUGUUGGAAGAGGAGCCCCUGUACGUCAAUGCCAAGCAGUACCACCGCAUCCUGAAGAGGCGGCAAGCCCGUGCCAAGCUGGAGGCCGAGGGCAAGAUCCCCAAGGAGAGGAGGAAAUAUCUUCAUGAGUCACGACAUCGCCACGCCAUGCAGCGUAAGAGGGGCGAUGGGGGCCGGUUCUUCUCUCCCAAGGAGAAGGAGGAAAUGGUGUUACAGCCCCAGCCAGAGCAGGCUCAAUCUGGCGAAGAGGCAGUGGGCCAGAUGAUCCGAGUGUCGUAACGCAAGGCUCUUCGUGCGGGAGCUGCCAGCCAGGGUGCAGGAUCCUGAUUCUUAAACCAGUGCUUCUCAAUCUGUCUGCCUUCCAUCCUCCCUAAAAAGUAGCCUGAUGCCUACCAUGGCUCCUGUGAAAACAGACGGCGCAACCCCCUCCCUCCCAGCAACUGAGACUUGGUAAUCAGGGGGGCAAUGCUUCAUGUUGAGCACAAACUUUUCUCAAUUUCAGGUCGGUCUUUAUUCUUCAGAUUGAAAAGCAUUGCUUUAAGUUGUCUUUUGUUCGGCACUGCUCUUAUAUGGGCACUUUGUUAACUGCUCUGGAAGAGCAACUCUUUUUUUGUAUAGAACUGAUGCAAUAAGCACUUGGGUACCUUUGCAAUUUCAGCAUUUAUCCACACUGGCUAAGGCCUUGGUGUUACUGUGAGGGAUUGUGAUGUUGUAAUGUUCCAUAUCUGUAAACUGUGUUUCAUGGAUGCUGAAUGUGGGGGAGAUCAGUGUACAUAGCCAUAGAGAUAUGCAGAAUUGUGACAGCUAGUUGUGACUCUUAAGCUACAGCCAGAGCACAUUAGAGGGAUUUUUUAUGCAUUGCGAUGCUGGUUUUCCAAAGCAGUUAACAAACCAUUUGAUAUUGUGUAGCAUAUUGAUAAAAAAUCUCAGUGACCUUUAGUGGGUGAUAUUAAUGGAGUUUGAGGGUUUGUGUUUGUGUAAAUGUGGGGUAAGAGGGAGGGGGGUGUCAGAGUCUUUUAAAAUUUUAACAAACGUACAAUAGACGGAACAGUCUGGCAAUUUAGUCUUAGUGCUAAACUGGGCUUGGGUACUAGGUAUAAAUCUGGAAAAGUGUUAAGCAAGGAGUAAAUCAUUGGGCUGGACCGGUGCAGCAAGUCCCCAGGUUAAAUGAGAUGGAGUUUACCAGAUUGUACAGAACAACGUAUUAAUGCCAUACUUCAGAAAGACUGCUGUGGACUAGUAAAAGCUGGAGGAAUCCUUCAACUUACAUAUUAGUGUUUAUUACUUUAGUUUUGUCCGUCUUUUCAGUUAAUUAAAGUUUUUUCAAGAGAGAUAACCACAGCUCUUCAAAUUAAGAAGGAGCAAGGAGCCUCUUUAUUUAGAACGUCAUAAUUUUCAGGAGUGUUUUUAAGGAAAAUCUCUUGAAAUUGAUGCUUACCUGUUUGUAACACUGAAGGUCCACUAGGACAUGGAGCAAGGUCUUGCACUGUGCCCUGUGAGCUUGAAAAAGUGCACCAUUUCAUUGUUUAAAUCUCAUUAGUUUGGAGGUGCUAGCUUUUAUAAAUAGGUAAAAAUAUAUUGGUUAACUGUUCGUUUGAUUAUUUCCAUUAUAUUGGUCCCAAUUCUCCAGUUCUUUUCGGAGGUAAUGUCAUACUAAACCUUUAUAAAUUCCCAGUUUUGUAUUUUAAUACAAAAGUGAUACUGACAGUACUGCGUGGUAGAUGAUUGUUGUCAUAUUGGUGCCGUACUGUUGUAUUGUUUUCUAAAAAACUAUUGCAGAGCUUGAAGUGAAGACACAGAAGGCCUCUAACCGACUAAAUAUUAUGUCAGUUCUGCAUCAGUGAUAUUUGAUAUUAACUUUCAUAUAAAAUGGUACAGGUAAUUGGAUUCUGGAAUAAAAUGUAUUUUGUGAUUAUGGGUCAAGUUGUAGAAUAGUGCAUCUUUGUACAAUGUAAUUUCUGUUUACUUUUAUUUUUACAUGUAUAAUUCUUCUAGGAUUGUUAGUUAUUGUUGUGCCUUCUGCCUUUGUCUUGUUUUAGUCCCUGGACACAGGAAAUGGUAGUGUUUGGCAUGAUAGAAUUUGUUUUAUUUCGUUGAGCAUAAUAUAAAAUAGCUUAGACCAGUCAGGUACAAUUCUUUUUAUAUUUGUAUUCCAAGGAAUUAAAUAAGUAAACUUCAGUUUUUCCCUUUCCAGGAGACCAAUGCUAAGAUGUAAGUGGUAAGGAGUACAAAAACUGCACCAUGUGUCUAAACUUAAUGCUGCACCAACACAACUGAGCAACCUUUCUGUAGUAGAAGCUUGUGACACCACUCUACCACUGUACACACACGCCUCCCUCUCUACUGGAGAGGCAGUAUUGUGCUAUGUUACUGGUUCUGUGCCAGCUGGCUGUUACACUGUGCUAACCCCAUGAGCAACUCAUUUUAAUCCAUUUUCAGGGCAGUGAUGAUGUGUGUGAAUAAUGACUGAAGCUGGGAACAGUUUGGAGAGUACUGUUUGCACAGUUAUCUGGUCUGUUCCCAGCAGGAACAUUUCAAAGGUGGAGAUAUAGAUACAUUUCUCUCCAUGGUUGAUUUAUUUAACCUUAGUUCACAUAAAACACAAGAUUAUAUAACGUCAAGCAAUAAAACUGAAGAUGCUUUAAUCUACCUUUUUUAAAACCGCAAUCUUAUGCUGCUUUUCAGGAAUAGGAUAAACUGAAGUAAAGGAAUUUUGCUUGGUCCCAUCAGAAACAUUUUUUUUUCACCACAUGGUUCAUACUUUUAGAUCUAUGUGGGAUAUGCAGACUUUUAGGGAUAAAAAUCAUGUGAAUAGUGUUUUGUUAAAAUACAUGUAGUCCUAUGGAUUAGCAAUAUUUCAAGGACUUUUGCAUGUAGACCAUUUUUACUUUUCUUGACAAUGUGUAAAGACAAUUUGGCAUUUUGUGUGUUGGGGAAAGGGGUUUGUACAUAAAAACAUUUUUGUAUGUAUAUUGCAAUGUUUUUCAUGCAUGAAAAGUCCCUGAAAAAACUAUGCUGUUUAGGAAAAGUACUGUGUACACCUUGCAGCUAAUAAACUAUUGUACUUUUAUUUUA